AUGUCCAUUUGUCCUGGACUCAGUGGCGAUCUGACCGCAGUUCCUUAUCGCUUUUUUUUAGGUACCCUCCCUGGGCUAUAUGUGGAGAAACGCAUUUUACGUCAGCUUCAAGCAGUUUUUCCAUGGUACGCUCUGCGGAAACGUAUCAGGGAGCAAAAUAAUGAGUUCAUAGAACUUGAUUUGGGAGGCUGUGACCCGGAGUUGAUUUUACGUUAUGCUCAUGUUCAUUACUCACGCCGACAAGUACAUGAUGAGCUUAUUGAGAGGCAACUAACGAUUCUCGAGACGGGUAAGCUGAUAAACUUGAGCGAUGCUUCUUUACUUAAGUGUUUGACUGACUGCAAUGCGUUAAUAUUGCGGCGCCUUGAUUAUGAGCUUCAUCAACUACAGAAAGCAAAGCGGGCGUGCAAUGUGGCGCACCGUCGGGAGCUGAACCCAGACGACAUCCUUGAGCCACAUGACCACCUCUGUAUGAUGCGGGUGGUUGAGGAAGAUGUUUGCGGCGUGAGUGAUGCCGAAAUGAAGGCCUGUGCCUAUCUGCCGUUUGGCCUUGUUGAACGCAAAGCUCAGGAAUUCAUAAGAACGUUAGGGGGGGAUCAUUCUGACAAUAAAGAAGGUGACUAUAUCCUAGGUAAAAAAGAUCAAAAACUACUUCAGCGUCUCAUUCCUGCUGACUAUGCAAAAGUGGGCUGUGUUAAGAAGCUUCGUCCUGUAGAUGUUACAACGUACUAUCGUUUUGCUGGAGAGAGGUUGAACCGGUUUCAUCCAAUCGAUCAGUACUUCAAGCGCUGCUUGUAUGGACAUGUAUGCCGCAAAGUGGCCACCCACCCUCCGUACCUCCGAAGCAUUUCAAUGUAUUGGGCGCGGUACUCUGGGCUAGACGCCCACUCUUCGCUCACGACCAUGUCUCCAGAGCUAGCGGAGGCCGUCUGUACGCAGCAGUUGCUUUUCCCGGCGCUUAAAUUUCACUCGCAAUUUCUUUACUCCUCGCCGGACCUGGUGCGGCAGAUGUGGCGUACAGGCAAUGUUGUGCCUCUCAUGAAGCUUUAUCCGCUCCUCGGUGCCGCCGCUGCGGAGGAUCUCGCUGCUGGGAUGGUGGUUGAAGCCGAGUGGGCACGACUUUCGCCGAUGUCGGAGUCCAUGCCCCUUCAGGAAGGUGUACUCCAUACUUUGAGAGAGGCUAUUGAACAGGCAAGUGACUGGUACAUAAGCAAUCGCGAUGCCUUGUGGAAGCGCGUACAGGAAGGGGUAAAUGUAAUCUGUCCACCUCUUUCUGAAAAAGAAAAAGAGUUAGUGCAAGUUGAUGGGUAUGACAUGAGAGCAGUAGCUAGUAUAUCAUCAUCUUUGUAA